UUUCUUCUCGUCCAUAUAUCACGCCCGAUACGUACCCAGAGCAGAGCGGAUUUGGGACCGCUGAGCCCGGCAGACCGUGCCAAGCACCGUGAGGAAAUGUCGCAGGAAUUGCGGGUGCAGAACAAGCCGCAGAGCAUGAUGCGGCUGCAGUUCUACCAGAGCCAGGUCCGGUUCGGCAUCCAGAGCAGAGGCGCGUAUUUGCCCGACGACAGUGAGCAGACAGCACACAAUAUGAAUAGCAGCGGCGGCGGCGGCCUCAACACGGGCAUGGAUGACUCGGAUAUGGAGGACCGUGGCGAAGACAUGCCACAGUACUUUUUCCGCCCGCAGAUCAGCCGGCCCACACACUCGAUUCCUGGAAGCAUUGCCUCCGAGAGCGCCUUUUUCCGGCCCAUCACCGCAGCCUCCACUGGUGGCGCAAAUGCACGCAACGACAGCGGCGUUGGAAACAUGGUGCUUCUGUGCAAUGUGCCGCAGGACCACUCGGCCAGCUUCAAGCUAGCAGGUCUGUUCGUGCUGACCGGUCCCAGCAUUGAGUGGGUGUGCCAGCACAAUGCGUCGAUCGCCAGGCUCAAUGGACGGCCCGAGCUGGCGCAUGUGUGGGAGCUGAUGGGAUCCCUGUUGGCUGCCGACAAGGACAUCCUGCCAUUGCCCGGCCAGCAGCUGUGGGGCGGCCACCCAGCUGUGCAGGCGUGGAUCGAGGCUACCAUGCGCUCAUACGAGCACCGCGGUGACGUGCAGACACUAGCGCUACUGUCGUGUGUGAUGAGCAUGUCGAUUGCCGAGACCAAGCUGCACAAAACUGUAGCUAUCGAGUCGCCGCUCCAGUCCAGUCCUCACAGUGAGCCACAGCAGGAUCGGCCGCCGUGGAUGCGCGAACAGGGCACGCCAUUCUCUGCCUUUGGCAAGCGCUGUCAGUGGGGCACUGGUUGACAUAUCUGAGUCCGGCUCAGGCACUGCCUCGCGCAGCGUGUCGUUCCUGCCUGGCUCAUACGAGCAUGGCGGCAGUUUGCUGUGCACCCAUCCGCCCAAUACGACCGACCAGAUGGACGGCCCAAUGUCGCUUGGGUCGGACGACCAGCUGGUCAACUCUUCUGUACCGUCAGCAGCCAUUUACCAGGAU